AUAUUGUUUCGCGAAUGCAUCAACGCCGCUGGAGCUGGUGCUACUACGGCGGUCAGGGCCAUCUUUGGUUGUUCUCGCCGGGUGGACCACAGUCAGUGAUCAAUUGUGAUAGUUAUCGAAUUAAACCAGCGAUAGGUGUUUGCAAGCGGUUCGUUUAUUUCAAUUAAGACAACAACCUGUUUAGAUAUUCUGCAUAAAUAUUAAGCCGCACCAACACCGUUUUGAAGAUUUUUUGCAACGGAAAUUUGACUGAAGACGGGAGAUCCACUGUAAUACAACAUGGAUGAGGAAUAUGAUGUUAUCGUAUUGGGAACCGGACUUACAGAAUGCAUUCUUUCUGGGAUCAUGUCCGUGAAUGGGAAGAAAGUCUUGCAUAUGGACAGGAAUCCAUAUUACGGAGGUGAAAGUUCCUCCAUCACACCCUUGGAGGAGCUCUAUAAGAGAUUUGGGAUUUCAGACAGCCCCCCAGAGUCAAUGGGCCGGGGAAGAGACUGGAAUGUUGAUCUUAUCCCUAAAUUCCUGAUGGCCAAUGGUCAGUUAGUUAAGAUGCUUCUAUACACUGAAGUGACCAGAUAUCUCGACUUUAAAGUGGUUGAGGGAAGCUUUGUGUACAAAGGGGGGAAAAUCUACAAAGUGCCCUCAACUGAGACGGAGGCUCUUGCUUCAAACCUAAUGGGAAUGUUCGAGAAAAGACGUUUCCGGAAGUUCCUAGUUUUUGUGGCCAACUUUGAUGAGAAUGACCCCAAGACGUUAGAAGGUGUUGAUCCCAAACUCACAACAAUGGGAGAAGUGUACAAGAAGUUUGAUUUAGGACAGGAUGUCAUAGACUUCACAGGACAUGCCUUGGCCCUCUACAGGACAGACGAUUACCUUGAGCAGCCGUGUCUGGAGACCAUCAAUCGGAUCAAACUCUACAGUGAAUCUCUGGCACGCUAUGGGAAGAGCCCUUACCUGUACCCACUGUACGGAUUAGGAGAGCUGCCCCAGGGAUUUGCUAGGUUAAGUGCAAUUUACGGUGGAACCUAUAUGUUAAACAAACCAGUGGAUGAGAUAGUUAUUGAGGAUGGCCACGUGGUGGGCGUGAAAUCUGAAGGAGAGAUUGCACGCUGCAAACAGCUCAUCUGUGACCCCAGCUACAUCCCGGACCGUGUGCAGAAAGUAGGCCAGGUGAUAAGAGUCAUCUGCGUCCUUAGUCAUCCCAUAAAAAAUACUAAUGAUGCCAACUCCUGCCAGAUCAUCAUCCCUCAGAAUCAAGUGAACCGCAAAUCAGAUAUCUACGUGUGCAUGAUCUCCUACGCUCAUAAUGUGGCGGCUCAGGGGAAAUAUAUUGCCAUUGCAAGCACCACUGUGGAAACCUCGGAUCCUGAAGCUGAAAUCGAACCUGCUCUGGAACUUCUUGAACCCAUUGACCAAAAGUUUGUGGCCAUCAGUGAUAUGUAUGAUCCCACAGAUGAUGGUACAGACAGUCAGGUAUUUGCAUCACGGUCUUACGAUGCCACCACUCACUUCGAGACGACCUGUAACGACAUCAAAGACAUCUACAAGCGCAUGACAGGAAGUGACUUCGACUUUGAGAACAUGAAGCGUAAACAGAAUGACGUCUUUGGGGAGGAUGAACAGUGAGAGGCACUGAUCUCUAGGAGCAGAAGGGGAGAUAGGUCAGGCUGAAUUUGAUUUACAUGGGCCGGUUUUGGAGAACACAAGAGAUAUAACAAUGUUGUGAAUCUUUUUCAACUGUCUUUAUCUCCCAGAAUGCUCUUUGUCUUGAAGCCCCGACCCCGUGUCUCGGUUCAGAUUCACACAGUUCAGCACACAGACACAAAUGCUCUAUUGCUCACAUUCCAUAAUUCACCUCUCUGCACUACAAAGUGGGCGACAUGCUAGUUUAGAUUCGCAAUUUGCAUUGUUUUGCCCAAAUAUCCUGUUGAAGUGAAACGUGUCUUUUUGUUCUGAAUAUUGCCCUUGACUGAAGCCCACACAUGUGAAAAACUGUGACUAUUGAAGGAAAGACAAAAUGCCUCUCAUCAACUUUAGUGAAACAUACCCAAACUCAGACUGUUAGUCACAUACAGAAACAGCUUCAUACUACAACAGUUUUCCUGUAUUUAGGAAAGUCACAUAAAGUCAUUAAACACUUAUAAUUAAACACUACAAUAUGACACCUGGAUGUAAUAUGAACAUAGACAGACUUCGACUUCAAGUAAAAAAAAUCAGCUUUCGAUGUGUCUAGCAUUUGACACAAUGUUCUGAAAGGAAUCGACAGUCCCUUUGGUGUGUAUCAUUUCAGUAGAUCUAACUAUCACUCACUGCUCUUUCAUUUUAUUUAAUUCUUUUUUUUUUGUGAAUUUUUUUGGACAACUAAAUUGAAUGAGGUGUAUAAUAUGCAGUAUAGAAGUGAAUUGUAAGCCAUUAACUUGUAACUAACAUUUGGUCUUUGUACUAACUUAAAAAUCACACACUUUACAAAAGUGUAAAAUCACACACUUCUUAUUGAUCUUGUUCUACAUUCCUCUUUCUUCUGUAAUCAUGGACGUUCAUAGUUUUGAAUGAUGACAGAAAUGGACAACUGUUAUUUAAUGGAAAGUUUGUUCAAAUUUGAAAUGAUACGAUCUUGAGAGCAAGUAUGAGUCUUGAAUUUAAGAGCGUUGAAGGAAUUGUGGAAGGAAUUUUCAGACCCCUGAUGGCAAAAUGAGAAUUUAUUGAGUAUCAUAAUUGCUAUUCUGGCUUUUGUACACUAGGCUAGUCCUAGUCUUAACACCUGAGAACACAGACAGAUAUUACGCUAAUAUUUAUUUGUUAUUAACACUACAUCUCUCUUUGUGAACUUCUCAUGGUACAACGCAAUCCAACUACAUCAUUAUCAAUGACUGACACUUUUACACGCUGUUAGAAACCACAACACAAACUUUGAAGUACUGACCCAAGAUUAGUCAUGUUCACCAUCAUUGAUAUCUGUGUAUAAAAUGUCUUAAUCAUGCUUAUUUCUAUUUUCUAUUGCCACAAAUAGAAGUUGACAGUAGUCUGCUGGACCAGCUGAUCAUUGCUGUACUGCUUUCAGUAUAGAAUAUACAAGCACUGCUUUUGUCAUGUGUUGUUUUCCAUAUUUGCCUUGUUAAGAAAAAGCCUCCAAACAAAAUCUUUGUUUGAAAUGGAAAACAAGGAGUGAGUGAAAGUUUCAUUACAUUCUUGAAAUUUAUCGGGCCAAAGUCACUUAUGGCCUUAUUGAUUCACAUAGAAUCCUAUUUAAAUCAUACAUUUUCUUCCGUAGUGCACAAAAUUAGCGAUAACUGGAAUCCAAUAGAAUUAAGCAUUGCUAUGUUUGGACAUUAUCGUUUGCACCUCUCCAGCAUAUUCUCUCAUAUGUUUGGAUUAACUGUUUUACUGUUCUUUUGUACUGUAUUUAUUUUUGUUUCGUCUUUCAUUUUCAUUGUUGAAACGAUAACUAAACAUUUAAAAAAAUUGACACAAGCUCGAUGACUUUAAGUUGUGAAUUUCAUCUCGUGUUUGAGCAGUCUUGUGUAACAAAAAUAAAUAUGAAUAAAAUGAAACAAAAUUUC